GUUUAAAACUGGAAUUCAAAUAAAUUCGAUUGAACCGAAAUUUGUUUUAUUACGAUGGGGAAGCAGUUUGGUAGAAAACAAGCCGGAAUGAAAAAGCGAAAGAUGCCGCCAAAGUUUGAUAGAAAUAAGCGUCCGAAGAAAAAUCAACAAAGGGAAGAAAAAGUGGCUCGCAGCGCCUCUCCAAGUUCAUCAGGGGAUGUUUCGGCUGAAGGAUCUAGCGGUGUUGCAUCUGAAGAGGAAGUAAUUUACAAAGAGCCAUCAGUAUAUGAUAAUUUGUUAAUGAAACUUGGGUCAAGCAGUGAAUCUCUUGCCAAUGCAUUUAAGAUGAGACAAAGACAGGAAGAAGGUAGAAGUGACUCAGAAGAAGAUGAAGUUGAUGGCUCGGACUCUGAUAGUCUGUCAGAGAAAGGGGAUGAUGAUGAUGAAGUUGAUGGCUCGGACUCUGAUAGUCUGUCAGAGAAAGGGGAUGAUGAUGAUGCUGAAAUUGAAGCUGAUUACGAGGCCUCUGACACAGAUGAAGAACAUGGCUUGGGUGUUGGUGGUCAAUCUUCAGUAGAGGCAUCAACAUAUGCAAGUUCUUAUAAUGAACACUUUGGAUACAAUUUAACAAAAGCAGAGGUUGACAAUCUAUCAGACAAGAAAUUGAAAUAUAAAUGGGAAGUACCUGCUGUUGACAUGUCAAAUUGCAAGUGGACAGGAACGGGAGAGUGUUUUAUUAAGGAUAUUAAUCCAAAUUCUGAUUAUGGUCUCAAACCGAAGUUGUACAAGCACUGGUUAGAUAUUUAUAAGACAUCUAGAGGCAACGACUUUAAUUCAUCCAAACAAAGACGGUUUUUCUCUCUUUGCAACAGCUAUCAGGAUAUACUGCACUGUAACAAGAAACCUUUUUAUUAUAAGGGCCAGGAAGAAGAUUCAAGUAUUAUGGAUGCGUACCUUAUGCAUUCUCUCAAUCACAUCUUCAGAACUAGAGAUCUUGUGACAAAAAAUGACGCAAAGGUGGCAAAGAAUAAAGAGAGUGCCAAGGAGGAAAUACUUGUUGGUGAUGGUUUCCUUGAUCGAGGAUUUACUCGUCCUAAGGUCUUGAUAUUGCUGCCACUGAGAAGCAUUGCACUUAAAGUCAUUAAGAGAUUAAUACAACUGACCCCUAAUACUUACAAGGUAAAUAUUGAGCACCUUGACCGUUUCUAUGAUGAAUUUGGAGUUGAAGAAGAGGAAGAUGAGAAAGACAAUAAUCAAUCAUCACAAGAUCUCCAUGGCACUGGGAAGUCAAAGUCUCAGAAGUCUUCCAAACCCAGAGACUUUCAAAUACUUUUUGGUGGUAAUAAAGAUGAUGACUUUAUGAUAGGCAUUAAAUUUACAAGGAAGAGCAUAAAGUUGUACAAUGAUUUCUACUCCUCAGACAUUAUUUUCGCCUCUCCUAUCAACUUACUUGCGAAAAUUGGAAAGACUGAAAAAAACAAAGAAUUGGAUGUCGAUUACCUUUCUUCAAUAGAGGUUCUUAUUAUUGAUCAUGCAGAUGUAAUAUCAAUGCAGAACUGGACGUUUCUAACUUCUGUCGUUGAGCAAUUGAAUGGCAUACCAUCUAAACAACAUGGAACUGAUGUCAUGCGCAUUAGACAGUGGUAUUUGGAUGGAUAUGCAAGGUUUUACCGGCAAUCAAUAAUUUUAAGUUAUUAUUUGAACCCAGACAUCAAUGCUUUCUUUAAUCACCGUUGUGCUAACUAUAAAGGAAAGGUGAAAUUGGUAUGUGAAUAUAAAGGCGUUCUUCCCAAAGUGUUACUCAAUGUGCGGCAGAUUUAUGAACGGUUUAAUGCUGACUCAAUAGCAGAUGCCGAUGAUGCUCGUCUUGAGUAUUUUACAAAGAAGGUGUUCCCAAAGAUAAAAGAUUCGAUUCAGGGUGGGAUAAUGCUAUUUACUAGUUCUUAUUUUGAAUUUGUUCGUCUUCGAAAUUUCUUAAAGUCACAGAAUGCAUCCUUCUGUCUGCUUGGGGAUUACACAGAAGCAAGCGACAUAUCUCGUGCGCGGGUUUGGUUUUUUGAAGGAAAGCGAAAGAUCAUGCUCUACACCGAGAGAGCACACUUUUACCAUAGAUACAAGAUUCGUGGAAUUCAAAAUUUGAUCAUCUAUUCACUCCCUGAGAGGAAGGACUUUUACCCUGAGAUUGUUAACAUGCUGGAUGGGUCUCAUAACAUGACAUGCACUGUGCUCUUUUCUCGCUUUGAUAUGCUUCGGCUUGAGAGAAUUGUAGGAUCCGCCUCAGCUAAAAAGAUGGUCAAAUCAGAGAAAGGAAUUUUUCUUCUGUUAUAGUUUUCCCAAGUGCA